GACAAAACCUAACAAGCGUUCGCUCUCGUCGAGCUUCCAUGGAAGAAGACGCUCCAACGCUGCCAUUGCCAGAAGCUUUCCUUCAAUUCCUCGAAGCCAAUGACCUCGACCCUUCGAUUUACACUGCAAUCGAUUCCACCCCCCGAUUCAUUCGGUUGAAACCCGGAUUUGAUGCUUGUGUUGAAGAGGUUGAAAAAGAGGUGAAGUGCAAACUUGAGAAAGUGCAAUGGUUGCAAGGGUUUUACUCUCUUCCACCGCAUGUUCAAAUUGCUGGUUCUAGGGCAUAUCAAGAAGGGAAAAUAUAUGGAAUUGAUGCAUCUUCAGGAGCUGCUGUUAUGGCUUUGAAUGUAUCACCUGGGGAUCAUGUCCUUGAUCUAUGUGCUGCUCCUGGGGCUAAACUUUGUAUGAUACUUGACCUGCUUGGGGACUUGGGCUCUGUGACCGGUGUAGAUGUUGCAAGGCAUCGUUUGGCUGCAUGUAGAACAAUGCUGCAGAAAUAUGCAUUGGGUGAUCGAUGUCGGCUUUUUGUUGCUGAUGGAACAACAUUUUCAGUUAUUCCUGUGGGAUCUCGUUCUGAUUGCAAACCAUUUGAAUCUGGAUUGGAAGAGAAAGAUGAUGUGUUCAAGGAGUGGACCUCAAGAAGACCAUGGAAAGAGAGGAGAAAAGCAAAUAGAAGUGGUAUUCCACAGUCACUGUCGAAGUCUCAGCCUCCUGAGCUCAUAUAUUAUGGUCGGCAUUCGGGAGUAAUUGGUCUUGCUAAAGGAGAGCUAUAUAAGACUGUAUCUGAUGUUGAGAUGGGAAGUCAUGGAUAUGACAAGGUCCUUGUGGAUGCAGAGUGUACUCAUGACGGCUCAGUUAAACAUAUUCAGAAGUUUAAAAAUUGGGGAUGGGGGACUUUUCAACGUCGGGUACUAGAUGCAGAGAGGACUGAUAACUUGCAUGUUCUGCAGUUGAAUCUUCUUCGUAAUGGUUUCAGACUACUAAAAGUUGGAGGCUCACUUGUUUACAGCACUUGCAGCUUAACAUUGACUCAGAAUGAAGAUGUGGUGGAACAUUUCUUGAAGGAAAAUGUAAAUGCUGAGUUGGCAGAGAUAGAUGGUGCCAGAAAUUGGCCUUGCAAAAGUGGUGGGAUACCAAAAACAUGGCGAUUUGAUCCCUUAACAUCUCAAACUAGUGGACUUUUUGUUGCCAAGUUCACAAAAAUAGCCAUUUGAUCUCUUCAGCCGUCCCCAAAGAAUUUUAUCUAUUUUGAGUUGGCAAAUAAUUUUAAUAUGCACCAGAUGCAUUAGAAAGAUUCAUUCAGAAAAGUUUUUGUUUGAGUAUUAUCAAGAUCUAGUCAAUUUAUUUAAAGGAAUUUAAAAAUAUUGUUAUUCAAUCGAAUGUUUGU